UAUACAUUCAGUGCUUUAAUUUGCUUUCACUUUCAAAGACAAGGCAGCACCGGACAAACAACAUGGACUAUUCUUUAGCUUGAUCUGCAAACAUGAAGGACAACUUAUAUCUGGCCUUUAAGACAUGACAAAUGGCUUGAAAGCGGCCAGCAAAGGCAGAGCUAUGGCUAGUGAUGUGCAGAAAAGCAUGUAUGCACGUUUUUCCAGGUAAGUAACCAUGACGGAAUCUACAUGGCUACAAGGAACAAACAGAAGUUACAUGAUGAACCCAGCCUGUGAGUGGAUGGGAGAAUGACACAAUUGGAGAAGCUAUGCCUUUGUUAUGGCUGUCACUUGUAGCUUGUUCGGCUAAGCUAAUUGUGAAAUGACAAAUAAAGAAAUGCUUGAACCACAGUAUAAAAGCUGACCUCCAUGAUCAAGAUGCACUGGUGUCUGAUUACAGCACUCUGUAAAGAAAAUAAUAAAGUAAAAAUGAAUGCACAGCACGAAGAUGAAAAAAAAGAAGAAGAAGAAGAGUGAUAUCAGAAGUUUAUCAGCUCGUUCUGAAGAACGACAUGCAGUGUCAUAAUCACAGGACAUGGCUGCACAAACAGCAUAAUGACAUGCAUCUAAAAACAGAUAUGAAAUAAGCAGAGUCUCACAGGCAUUUGGGAAAUGUGAUCCAUUAAGCCUGAGAGGAGGUGACAAGUGUUCUGAAGAAGAGUCACACGAUGGUGAGAAGUGUACAUGUCUGAUAAACGGCUUCAAAACACACUGCUGUGUGGUUGCUGAUUGAUGCUUAUGGUUUGCUUGUUUAAGGAACAACAAGCGCUGACAAACAUACAUUGCUACAGUGCGUGUGUGUGUGCUCACGGUCUUAAAGAAGACAAGAACUGGAGGCCUUGUCACUGCAAGCUGAUACAACGUAGCUUCUCCGUCACAUCGUCAUUCAUGAUGGUUGGUGAAUGAUUGCAGUGGUGUGACAUUGUCUGGCAAUGGAAAACACAACCACUGAUCGCUAAUUUUAUAUUUCUAUAAAAGCUCUGCCUUUAGAUAUAACGUGUAAGUAUGAGAAGCUAGCAAGCGUGCUCACUUCAGCAAAAAUCUUUCCAACACAGUUCACCUGGAGUCUGAUCUUUCUUCACAUUUUGUUGAUAAUUUUUGUUUAACCGUGAAGGCCAAAAAUCUUACAUGUUCCACCUUUACUACAACCUCCUGUGUAAAAGAUUUACUAUAGUGCAGUGCUUAGUUAUUAAUGCUCAACUCAGCAGUCAAAUAUGGAGUUUCUAGGCAUGACAAAAAGAGGAAGACUACAGCAAAUGAGGACACGCAGAAGGUUGGUGUGACAGAAGACGAUGCUGGGGAUACGAUAGGAUCGAGAGAGAUGAAAGCUGAAAGAGGAAGUUUAAUUUUUAAUGCUUCAAGAGGGUGUCUCCAGAAAAACAAACAAACAAAAAAACUAAAAUCUAAAAAAAUUGGUUAAAUGACUUUUCCCUUUCCAUUGUGGGGAAGUGGUAAUUGGGUGGCUAUUGGUAAGUUCUGUGGCCAUACAAAUAGCUACCAGAAUGAACCCACUAAUAACCACUGUUACCAUCAACCAUGAAGUAUAGGGUGCAAUCCAUCCCACAGGUAACCUGUUUACUUAACCUUAUCCAACCUAGGAGUUGCAAUUGAAAUAUAAAAUAGUACAACCACCAUAACACUUAAGUGAAAUCAUGAGUUAAUGUGUCAUGCUAGCUAAAGCUCGCCAAGCUAGCUCUAAACAGGCACAUGCCAUAAAUGAAUAAAAAACAGUUCUUUACAUCCCACAUUAUGGACAGCGAUGUAAACCUUUGUUAUUCACUAGGUAAAGUCAUUAGAUAAAGUAGAGAAACUGAAAAAGGAAGCUAACAUGGAAGUGCGAAAAACUGCGGUUGACUCCAGAAGUGAGGCAAUUCACGCUAUGUUAAUACACCAUUUUUAAAGGAUUACAAAACAUGUUUACACUUUAGUACAAAAAACAAUUUACACAUUUUUAUAGGUCAUCCAACAGGAUAAUGGAUUGAUAGAUAUCACGUUAUUAUGUAAACAGAUAUUAGUCUCCUGUUUGUAAACUGUUUCUUACUUUUAAGAAACCCCUGAUCAGACACAGUGUCAGCCAAAGGUUUCCCGGAUGAGGAACCGAGGCAGAACAGUACACUGUUUAUUAACAAUUUGUGCAUUCGACACAGUUCAAUAAAUUACAUUUUUUGGGAUAUAGUGUGUGGAGAGAUAUUUGCAGACAGUGACACUAAGUGACACUAAGAUGACAAACAUCUUGUUCCUGAUUGCAUUAUUGCUUUUGUGCUCAGCCGGUGGUGUCCAAAAAGUGAUUUCCAAUGUUUCCAUGUUGUUGUUUUUUUAAUCUGUGUUUAUAGGCUGCAGUCAACAGGAGUUGUGAAGGGGUUGUAUAAAAAAAGAAGAUAAAGAAAUUAUAUGUUUUUUGUUCUCUGUGUUCUACAUUAUAGUCAGUCAAAAGCUACAAUCAAAAAACUGAUUGCAGCUUCUACAGUGUGUCAGGAAUGUUCUUUCUGGCUCAAAAUGAAUCAUAAGACUCAUAAGUAUCUCAUAAGAUAGGUUUGACAGAAUAUAGACCAACAUUUUCAAUAUUUACGGGUUCUUUGUUUUUUGGGUUUUUGUUUUUUUUUGACAAAAACCAGAAUACACUUUCUAUGACGACACUGGGAUUUGGUCUACAUCUUUGGUGGGUUUUUUUCCAUGUUGCAUCACAAAUAGCAACUUAUGCUUCCAAAAAUGAAAAACACCAAGGCUUCCCAUUGCUCUGUCCAUCUUUUACAUACAGUCUAUGCUUAGAAUCCACAAAAUGGAUUUUAAAAAUGUGCUACGCAAAUAAAUACAUAUGUCCUAUUAUUCUGCAUUACUAAAGAACCACAACAUCUACAAAUGUAUAUAAAUAUAUAAAUGUGUGUGUGUGUCCUUUAUUAUUUUUAUCUAUCUGUAAUAAUCAUAACCCUUCGCCUACAUAUCCCAGAAUUCCCCGGCGUUGUUUAUUUAGGCUAAACCUCAGCUGCUCAGACUCUGCACGGGGCUGCACGGUGUGUGUGGUAGUACUCGUAGUAAUGCAGUCCUUUCGAUUUUUGUUGCUUUGCUUUAAAAUGAAAACCAUGCUCGGCUGAAUCUGCGUUGCUGACAGAGACAAAAACAGGAACAUGAAAUGGAGAUCACACGGGCCAGACCGUCUUUGUAUGGAGAAAUCGCACACGGCCUUGGAUUCUGGACAGACAGGUCAGCAGUGCACGAGGCUGCUGCACAAGGCAGGGCCUUCCAGUUGCAGCAGCUGAUCGAGGGAGGUGCCGCAGUUAACAUAGUGGCUGUGGACUCCAUCACUCCCCUGCACGAGGCCUGUAUACAGGGACAGGCCCAGUGUGUUAGACUGCUGCUGGAUGCUGGCGCACAGGUGGACGCUCGUAACAUCGAUGGUAGCACGCCACUGUGUGAUGCUUGUGCAGCUGGCAGUCUGGAUUGCGUCAAGCUGCUGCUGGAGUAUGGAGCAACUGUAAAUCCCCCGCUGUUCACCUUCUCACCUCUUCAUGAAGCCUGCAUGGGAGGGGCAAACGUGAAUGCAGCCAAGCUCCACGAGACAGCUCUUCAUCACGCAGCCAAGGCAAAAAACACAGAUUUGAUUGAGUUGCUUGUGGAGUUUGGGGGGAAUGUGUACGCCAGGGAUAACCUGAACAAGAAACCUAUCCACUACACCACUCUGGGAUCCCCAUCGUAUCUCUGCCUCGAGUUCUUUGAGAAUAACCCCCUGAGUUUACAGCAGCUCAGCAGGGUGGCAGUGAGGAGGAUUCUCGGCAGAAGAGCGCAUAAAGUUGUUUCUAGGCUGGACUUGCCCAAUCGUAUCAUAAGCUUCCUCUCUUACAUUCCGGCUCCAGUAAUUGAAAUUUAAUCGCUGGUUGCAUCGGCUGUUCCUGUGGCCCUUUCUUCUGAAAGUCAUGUGACAGGAAGCUGGAGCUGGCAGCGAUACCACACAGAUGUCUUAACAUUUCCCAAACUAGAUGGGUGUAUAGAUUUUUAUUUUAUUUUAUUUUUUUCAGUUAAAUACGAUGACUUUUUGUCUAAGCAAGCUGAAAAUGGGAUUUUUUUUUUUUUAAGGUCAUAGCUACAGCAACAAAUUAUUUUGACAAACUGAAAGAAAACCCUGCAGUAUUUAGCCCUGAUGUUCGACGUAGUUGGCAAACUGCAGCCUCUGCAUCAAAUGAAUGUUAGGUCCAAUGUUUUUGUUUUUUUUUUAAAUGCCCUUUUCCUCUAAUUUCCUCCACCCAAUACCGAGAAAAAUCUCCGCACCUUCUAUUGCUCAGGGCUUUGGUCCUUGCCAGGUUGUGCACAAUUUUGGCAAGCGAUUUGCUGCCAUAUGGGAAGACCGAAAGAUGAAUUUUUGCCUUUUAAGGCCAUGCGCAGCAAGUGUCAACCUCACACAGGGGGUUUCCAUAUUUUAGAUCUCCUUUCAGAACUGUGGGGGUGUGUGCCGACUUGUCUGGUAAGCUCCCGGUGUGCAUUUGUUGCAACAGGCCAAGUUCCACCUUUAAUAUCCAUUAUUAGUAGUUUUGAUUUCAUGUACUUCCCCCUCCUAAUAUUGGGUCCACUUAAGCAGAAGUCGUGAAUUGGUAUCAGUAUCGGAACGCACCAGAGGCUUUGGCAGCACCACUCAUCAUUUCAUGAUGUGUCGCUGUUGAUAUAACACCGUUUGCUUUGUGGAGUUUGACAUAGUAAGAAAAUACUUGUCUUGUUCUUGUUCUUGUGUGGAUGUAAGUUUGAAAACCAAAAAAAACUAAAACCCUGCAAUACUCCGUAAUACUACAUUAACUGUUUUGGGAACAUGUGGUUUGAUUACUAGGACUGCAUCAUUAUAUGAAUUUGUGUAUAUUCUGUAAGUAUUUAUUUUUAAUGUAAAUUUGUACAUAAUACAGAUGGUUCUACCUCUAUCAAAUCUGUGUAAAUAAAUACCAGAUGACUACCAGAUGAAUUUAAAAA